AGCUGUGAGUGGAGCAGGAGGGGCGCGCGCAGAGCUGAAACGCACGGGCUCAGAUUGGACCUCAGGGAGCGAGCAGGAACGGGCGCAGCUGUCAGUCGCGAGCUUGCCUCCUCAAUUCAAAGCCAUUCUUGCGGAGGGGGGAGAAGAACAGCCACCAGACUCGCUCCGGCGCACAUUUUUCAAAGGACCAUCUCCGCAUUAAAUCAGGAGUCGCCGCCAUGGGAGCGAAGCUGAGCAAGAAGAAGAAGGGAUACGAUGUGGCCCAGACGGAGACGAAAGCAGAGGCACCCCCCGCCCCCGUCCAGCAGAAGGUGGAGGCCGCAGCUGCCGCGCCCGCCGUCGAGGCCGCCGCUCCCGUAGUGGCCGCCGCCGCCGCAGUAGCUGAACAGGUAGCCGCCGAGCCUGCCGCACCUGAGCCUGAGCCUGCGGCUGCACCUGAGCAGGUGGCGGAGGCCAAGGAGGAGGAGGCUCCCGCCGCAGCGGCACCCGAGGAGGACGUGCCCCCUCCAGUACCCGACGUGCCCCCUCCAGAGGAGGACGAGGAGACCCCCGCCGCCCCAGCUGUUGAAGAACCCGCUCCAGUUGAAGCCACGCCAGAACCAGAACCAGAGCCUGCCGCAGCACCCGCAGAAGAACCCGCAGCAGCAGCCGCUCCAGAACCAGAGCCUGAAGCAGCUGCAGCAGCACCAGAACCCGAGCCUGAAGUCGCAGCUGCAGCACCUGAGGAACCCGCAGCCGCUCCAGAAGAACCUGCUGCCGCACCGGUAGAACCCACUCCAGAGCCAGCAUCAGCGCCAGAACCCGAGCCGGAGCCUGAGGCUGAGGCUGUGGUGGAGGAAGUAGCGGUGCAGGAGGUGGUGGAGGUCGCACAAGUCACUUUAGCCGCUUCUGCUCCCGAACCCGAGCCUGUAGCCGAACCAGAACCCGAGCCAGAACCAGAACCCGAGCCAGAACCACAGACUGUCGCUGAGCCAGAGGAGCCGACCCCGGCCCCUUCCGAACCCGCUGCUGCCCCCGAGGAAGAGCCAGAGCCCGUGGCCGUCUCACCAGAACCAGAGGCUGAGCCAGAGCCCGUAGCUGCAUCACCAGAACCCGAGGUCGAGGUGGCCGCCGCAUCACCGGAGCCCGUCGCAGAGCCCGAGGUGGCCGCCGCAUCACCUGAGCCUGUUGCGGCAUCGCCAGAACCUGAGGUGGCUGCCGCAGAACCCGAGCCGGUUGCAGCAUCGCCAGAACCCGAAGUCGUUGCCGCAUCACCGGAGCCCGAAGCAGCAGAGGCCCCAGAGCCCACGACGGAAGCCGAACCAGCUGCAGCAGAGGAGCCCAUCCCAGAGAUCGUCAUCUCAGAGUCCGCGUCCUCCAACGACCUCCCUGCCGAGGAGCCCGCCGCCGCCCCUGCUGCUGCUGAACCCGAGUCGGCGCCAACGCCCAGCGAGGAGGAGGUGCCCGCCGCCCCCGCCGCUGCCGACACACCCACCCUGGACAACGGAGAGCCCGAGGCCCCCGCCGCUGUGGCCGAGGAGCCUGCUGCUGCCCCUGCUGCUGUGGAGGUGAACGGAGACUGCAAGGAGGCCACGACGGAGGAGGUGAAGGAGGAGGAGGUGGUGAACGACGUCGAGGAGGAGGAGAAGGCUGCCCCUCUGGAGCAGGAGGCCGCCAGUGACUGUGAAUUGAAAAAGGACUUGACGCAGGCGGUGGACGCGCUGAUCGGGGAAGGAGUGGCCGAGCUGGUGGAGAACGCCGUCACUCAGAUGGUCGACACGGUCUGAGGAGAGAGAGAAACUAACCUGAAACAAACUACCAGAUACCACCAUAAUGACAACAAAACAAACCAACAAACAGCUGUGAAUCCUGUUUUUAAUGAUGCGAAAACAAACAAGUGACACACACACACACACACACACACACACACACACACACGGCGACCAACAGAAGCGAGAACAUAGCAGAAACUCAACAACACCUCCUUGCAACACGGGGCCUCCAGUGGCGGCGGCAGCAGCCACAGCAUCACGCCAGCCUGUUGCAGUAACUCAGGCAAAGGAAUUUCUGGUUAGCCAAAAAAAAUUAUAAAAAGAAAUGCAACCACUGAAGAGCUGAGAGGGUGAGUGUGUAGGAAGAGGGCGAGAGGCAAGCAAGCGAGUGAGAUUGGAAUGUGUGAAGCUAAGAGAGAGAAUGGAGGGCGACUGAGGAAACGUGAGGCUUUGGCGUUUCCCCGUCUUCUCUUCUCUCCGCAGCCUGGCCUGGCCUGGCCUGGCGUGGCGAGAUGUGGGGUGACUGCAGGCGGGGUGCUGGAGCCGGCAGCGGUCACAAGAGAGGAAUACCAGAGAAAUUUUUAGUGGGACUGACAACUGCUGGGAGAGGGAGGCAGGGAGGGGGGCAGACGUGACGUGACGUGACGUGACGAGAGACAGUCGGGGAGGGUAGGGGCUGGGGGGAGGGGGAUAACUGGACCGCAGAUCAAAAUACUGGACAUUAACAACGAAUCAGUGAAUGGAAUGAGUAGUCUUGUCUUUGUGUGAACCUGAUGACUAUUAAAGAAAAAAAAUGGUUUAUUGGAUUAGCAUUUAAUAGUAUAUAAUCUAAUUUUGACUUUCACAUAUCUCUCUUUCCGUAACUAUGUAAAACCAGAUUAAACGAUGGAAUCUUUCUGACCUUUCCAUAACAGAGAGAGAGAGGCAGUGAGGAAUGUUCAUUUUAACUUGAUGGCUUGGCUUAGAAAAUAAAACAGACUGUUAUACCUUA